CUGCCCUACCAGGUGACACCAUCCGUCGACAUGAAGUUGACAGCAUUCUCAACAAUCAAAGAGAUAUUGUGGCAAACAGCAAGGGAUAUAAAGAAUUUUGUAAAUGAAAUCCACCAGAAGAGCAGUCAGCUUCUGACCAACAGUCAGAAGCCACAGGGCUCGGUGCAGCCAGUUGGCUACGACUUACACGUUACCCUUAAUGAAAUGAAAGAAGGGCUUAAUAUUGUUAAGCGUGACCUUGGUACAGCGAAUCAAAGGUUGUCUUCAGCACCUGGUGGUGUUGGCUGUCCUUCUGUCAGCUGCGUAUCUACAGGCUUGUUCAUUGCUUUUACGGUGAUCCAGUUAGUUCUACUUAUUGGUUACAUUAUGUACAGAAGUGCCAGUGAGGGCUCAGAGGGAUGCUUGGUGCGAUGGUUUUCAUCACAUCAUGAGCACUUCAACUAGUUUUUUUUUCCAAGAUAAUAAAGAAGCCCAGGCCAAGAAAUUUUAUUGAACUGUGAAAUGGGGUUUAAAGUUCUGGAUUUUAAGAUCUCAGGAGCCAAGAGAUUUCUUCUGAAAUAUUUUGUGAAAAUAUUGCUUUUAUAGUGUCUGUUUACAAAAAUUUUAAUGGUGUUUUAAGCAUUUAUUUUUUUAAUAGAGACUUUAUUUUUCAUUUCUCGUGAGAAUGUUAUACAUCAAGACCAAGAAAUUAUAGAAGAGACAUGUGAUCUGACUUUUAGUGAGUUGAAUUUGUUGUUCAAAAUAACUUCCUGAAAUAAGUGAAAUUUACUUUGCUGCUUUAAGCAGCAGCUGAUAAUGCAACUUCUCUUAUAAGAAUUAGAAUAGGUCAGAAUUGUUACACAUUGUAACACUUGAGCCAGACAUGUUCAUGCAAAGAGCCAUGUUGGCUGUACAGUUAAACUGGUAUUCCCAACUUGCUCCUUUAUUGACCUCAUUUUCUGAAGGUGUGUUUCAGGGUUUGCUACUGGAGUGAAUAAAGUUCAACCUGUUAUGUUUUCUGAAUACCCUGAUUGAAAUGAAUCUUGUUAAUAUCUGAUUAGUUUGUAAGAUUUGCAAUAUAUGCAUCUCCAUUCUGUAUAAAUUUGAAACUUUUUUGUUUGAGAAUACUGCAAUGAAUUUGCAAACAUAUAAAAUUUGUGAUUACAGUUAUAUAGCAAAAAAUAGAUAUAUAACAGGAUUUGGUCAUCUGUUUAGUGAAUGGCAAGCUCGUCUUACCAGUAUUACCAUUACAUAAUGCUUCCAGUUUUGAAAAACAUAUAUCACUACUCCCAAAUAACUAGGCUUGUUGCAUAUGAAGUGGUGGUUGUCUCACUAUGUGAGGCACUCGCACUUUAACAGUCUCCUAGUGUGUAGUUUUGUUGAUUGUUACUUUAUUUUAAUUUUUUUUAAUGUCACAGACCCAAUUAUUAAUCCUCCUAUACCUGCUUUCUUUGGAUUAGGGUAGUAUAAUAGUUUAUAAAAUUUAGAUUAGAAAUGAGAGAUUUAGGAUCUGCAGUAAACAGUUGAAAAACUGAUUACUGAGCUUAUGGUCCCCAUAUCAUAAAUUACUGUGUACAAUAUAGUUUUCCAGAAUUUCAGGGCUUUUGGGCUUGAUCAUUAACAUAUGUGAAGCUAAUACUUCCUGUUUUGCUCAUUUUCCCAUUGGAGUUAUAUUUGUUUGGUUGAGGUUUAUUUAGUUACCUAUUGUGAUUUUUUUUCUUGGGAGGAUUAGAAUUUUUUUUUUUAAUUAUCAAGGUACAGGAUAGUUUUUUAUAUUCUUUUAGCCACAAAAGUUGGUUUACUAAUAAUAAUUCUUUUCUUAUUCAAUAUAAUAAGUUACAUCACUGGAUUAGUCUUCCAGAGAGAAUGGUGUAGUGCACAAAGUCAGCUAAAUUGUGGCUCGUGCCAAUUUACAUGUAUUUUUGUUGCUUUAUUUAUUUUUUCUUUAAAAAAUUUUCUUUUGUAAGAUUCUUUUCUACAUACUUUAGUCAUAGAUUAUUAUUGUAUUUUGUUAAGAUUUAAUAAAUUAUUAAAGUUUUUCUACAUAU